GGAUUACCUUUUCUAACUUCAAUUUCUGAAGAGCAGCUAUGGGACACGCAGCAGAAAUACUGAUUUUUGUCAGCGUGUUUACAAUCAACUUAAUUUUGAUGCGCAUUAUAAAUCAGGUGCAACAUGCGCCAUAUAUGGAUGAACUAUUUCAUACUCGCCAAGUUAAACAUUACUGUCAAGGGAAUUUUUCAGUGUGGGAUCCAAUGAUAACAACCCUUCCUGGUCUGUAUGUAGUAACAGUUGGAAUCUUCAAGCCUCUAAUUCUCCUCCUCGGGGUACAUUCAGUGUGUUCUGUGACAGGACUCCGUUUCAUCAACAUUUUGUUCCAGGCUGGAACGUUCUAUGUAUUGAGAGGAAUCUAUAAAACUCUCCACCCACCUUCUACAGGACAGAAGGAUGGUGGCAAGGUGGCUUUGAUGACAGCAGUGACCUUGACCUUGUUCCCUUUGCUCUACUUUUUCACCUUUUUGUACUACACAGACCCAGGUUCCACAUUCUUUGUACUGUCGAUGUAUUUGUUUCAUCUCCGUGGGAACAAAAUGUUGGCAGCUUUCAUGGGAGGACUGUCCAUUUUGUUUCGUCAGACAAAUGUUGUGUGGGUCAUCUUUGUGGCUGGGCUAACAGCAACAGACAUUGUUCAGGAAUGGAUGGAAAAGCAUUCUCAUGUCAAGAAGAAAGACAAGACAUGGACUCCUAAAACAGAUGGACAAACCGUCCAACACUUUCUACAUUUUCUGUUUGUGGACUUGAAGUCCACACCACAGAAUCUCUUGAAUCUGGUUGGACAAGUAUUCGUGCAAUGUUUUUAUUACAUCAUCCUUAUUGGACUGUUUGGCACAUUUGUUUACAUGAAUGGGGGAAUUGUAGUGGGUGAUAAAUCUCAACAUGAAGCGUGUGUCAACUUCCCCCAGAUAUUUUAUUUUGUUUCAUUUACAGUGUUGUUUUUAUCACCAUACAUGAUCAGUCCAUCCUAUAUCAUCAACUUCAUCCGAUACUCAAUAAAUCACAUCUUUUUAUCAGCAGCAUUUGUAGCAGUGUCAUAUGUCCUUGUAAACAGAUAUACCUAUGUUCACCUGUACCUAAUAUCAGACAAUAGACAUUACACAUUCUACAUUUGGAACAAAGUCUAUGAGUCUCGUAAAAUACCACACGUCAGAUACAUUUUAAUUCCAGCAUAUUACUUCGGAAUUUUCUCCUUGAUGAAAACUAUGAAACACAAGAAUGUAUUUUGGAAGAUUGUUUUCACAAUAUGUUUAUUGGCAGCUACAAUACCACAAAAGUUAUUAGAAUUUCGUUAUUUUAUUUUGCCAUAUAUUAUAUAUAGACUAAACCUUAAGUAUGUAACUUGGAGAGAGAUGGUGUUAGAAGUGUUGAUAUAUGUUGCAGUGAAUGCCUUCACCAUUUACAUGUUUAUUGCUAGACCAUUUAAGUGGGGCGAUCAUGCAGAAUUACAGCGCUUUAUGUGGUAGUUUAGUCCCUAUUUCAGUCUGCUCUUCUUUGAAUAGCAUACUUGUACACAUGUUUAUUAUCACACACGGGUACAUGUAGUCUAAGUUACUUUGCUGAAGAGUGUAAAUGUAGGACCUGGUCAAUAUGUUCCUAAAUAAGUCAUUCACACGAUUUAGAGCAGGCAUAUGAUUACGAGUAUAGAACUAUUUUGAAUUGUCUGAAUCUAUAUUUGUCUGAUAAACACAUUCCAGAAUGUUGAUCAUCAGAUUGAGUGUAUGCAAUAUAAAUAAAGGUGAAAAAAAUGUAA